CCCGACUUCCCUCGGCAUGUGCUAGCAUAGCAGAUACAUACUCUAUAGGAUAGAAGGUAUCUUGACUUGGAGGCUCGCCACGAUGGGGGCCCGACGAUGGCUGAGUAGUUUAGGUUUGUUGGCGAUUUUGGCUCUAAGCAGCACAAUUAUACUACAUGCAGCUGCUAGUAAAGCUGCAGAGCUGGAAGGACUUGACGCGCCGGAGGAUGAGGUUGUGCCGCAGCCUGCCGGGGUCGGCCAGGACGUUUUCGCAAGCGAUCACGCACAGACAAAGGAGUCAAAACAUGACCCUGCCGCGAAACCCCGGGCAGCGGCUCAGCCAAAGCCCAAGAUCGUUGCCCCCGCAGCACCGCGCACGUAUUACAUGGAAAUUGUUGCUGGUGUGGUUGUGCUGCUUUACGUGAUUGUUGCGCUGCUGGGCACGCGUGGCAAUGAUGCCAUCGCUCAGGCCUUCGCAAGGCAGCACUGUGUCUCGCCCGACUCCAUCUUCCCGCGCCAGUUUGCCAUGUGCGGCGCCGGCGACCCUGGCCCCAACGGCGUGCGCUCGGCGCUGGUGAAGGAGAGCACCAACACCUACAAGUUCUAUGCCAGCGGCAGGAGGCACUGCCAGGGUCUGCUGGCCACGCUGGUCCUGAAGAACCGCGCGGACCUGCUGGGCUGGCUGCUGGGGCUGUUCUUCCCGCAGGAGGACCUGCUGGAGAUUGAGGUGUACGUGAGCGACAUGUCGCCCAUGGUCAUGGCCGUGGCCACCCCGCGCCAGGCCAAGGCGCUGCAGGACCGCCGCGACGUCCGCGCCUACACCAAGCCGGUCAAGGUGCAGCCGCAACCGGGCGCCGCCGCGGGCGGCGACGGCGUCCCGUCCUGGAACAACGCCAAGCUGCAGGUGCUGGCCGAGCACAGCUCCUUCUUCUACGACCUGUUCGGAGAGCCGCGCCUGCACGGCAUCUUCACCUCGGCCGCACACGCCGACAAGCUGCGCCUGUUCCGCAGCCUGCUGGUGAGCAGCGAGAACGGCGGCGGCCAGAAGCAGGUGCUGCGCUUUGUGUUCGCGCUGCCGUCGGCGGACGACAUGGCCGCGCUGGCGCCGCUGCUGGCGCUGGUGCCGCUGCUGACCGACCUGGUGGCCAUGUACCGCGUCAACCCGGAGCUGAAGAAGAAGCUGGCGGAGGCGCGCGCCCGCACAGAGGAGGCGCUGGCGGAGGCGGAGGAGGCGCGCAAGAAGCGGGUGGAGGCGCUGCAGCGGAAGAAGAUCGAGAAGGCGCUCGAGGAGAAGGAGCGGCUGGCGCGCUUGAAUCCGGAGGCGCGGCGCAAGGCGGAGGAGAAGCUGGCCAAGCAGGCCGCCAAGAAGGGCAUGAAGGUCAAGAUGGUGCGCAUGUGAGGCGGGUGCUAUGCUUACAGCGGCGGCGAUAUGGCGCCCUACGGCGCUGCAGUGGCCGUUCCACUCAUGCGUCCAGCUUUGUUUACAGCUGCACUCAUCCUGCGAGAGCAGUACAGCUGCACUCACGCUGCGAGAGCAGGCUGGCUUGCACUACGGGAACUGGCUUGGGCUUGCUGAGGCUCUGGGCCGUGUGGGUUUGCGUGAGUUUGUGACUGCGCAUGAGGUACCGAAGGCGUGCGUACGGUAGGCGGGCGGCAAUGGAAAGGCUGUACUGGCCGUUAACGCAGGGAGAGAGGGGCUGUCGGACCGGACGCGAGCGAUACUGGACUCUGACUUGGAAUGCUGGAGUUACAGCGUAUGGCACGAGGGUGCAACCCAAGCAGCACGGCGGGUGGUGCGCAUUGUUCGUGGGGGCUCGUGGGGGCAAGCGCCGUGAAGGCGCGAUGGAAUGACAUGUGGCGCCGCCGAGUUGGGGCUGGCGCGCGCGUAGGAGCGCAGGCAUGCGGUGCAGCGCUGAGUCCCGAGAAGGAUGUGUCCUGAAUCUUAAGGUGUCGCAUUCCAUUUGAACACUAAGCGGUUAGGUGUGGGCGGCGCGCGGGAGCCACGGUUUCUAUAUGGGCGGUUCGAGCAGCGAGGGCGGGAGGCCAUAGAAGCCAUCAGGUAAGCGUACGAAUGUGUACACAUGUCAGGGGGCAGGUGCAGGAUAAUGAAGGGCAAAGCGGUAUAGCAAUAGAGGAGUG